CCAAUUUCAUCAUCUCAUCUUCAUUUUCAUCCCAUUGAUCCAUUGACUAGAUUCAAGGAAAGGAACCAAUUGACUCCCCUUCAAUAUGCUCGCGUGGUACCAGAGAUGUCUUAUCCAGCGUCCUCUCUUGACGCAGAGCCUCACCACAGCGACCCUCUUCGCAGUAGGUGACGGGCUCGCCCAGCAAGCCGUCGAGAAGAAGGGCCUGCCCAAUCAUGAUGUAACCCGAACUGGACGGAUGGCUUUGUAUGGUGGUGCUGUUUUCGGCCCGGUCGCCACAAAAUGGUUCCAAUUCCUCCAGAACCGCAUCCAGCUUUCAACACCAACCAAGACUCUUGCUGCGCGCGUUAGUGCUGACCAGCUCGUCUGCGCUCCUACUAUGAUUGGUGUCUUUCUCACCAGUAUGUCUGUCAUGGAGGGCGUUGAUCCUCAGGACAAGCUCAGUAGGACGUACUGGGAUGCCCUGCGCGCCAAUUGGAUGCUUUGGCCGGCGGUUCAGACCCUUAACCUUGCUUUGGUGCCGUUGCAGUACCGUGUGUUGACGGUUAACGUGGUUAAUAUUGGAUGGAAUUGCUUCCUGAGCUUGGUUAAUAGCGUCCCUCAUGGGGAUGAGGUUGCUCCGGGAGUUUGAUAGGUUUUGCUCUUUGGCUUUCCUGUAUCUUUAAUGUUUGGUUUGGCUGUUUACUACGGUAUUGGUUGUGUCGGAUAGAUGGCAAUUUUUUCUUGGCUUAGAAUAGAAUUUUGAUUUCUGGUGUUCCC